AUGGGGGACAUACCGGAAGAAGCCUCCUCAAGUCAGGAGGACUCUCGACCAAGAAAUCCGACCCCAGAACAUCAAGAGGUCACAAACCAAGCUAGGAUAACGAGCGCUAUCCACCACACAAAUGAUCGUAUAUUGACGGAACCACGACAUCCCGAGAACACGGGAGAUAAAGCAGCUCAAAUCAUCCAAGAUCUCUGCCUCCGGGUCCAAGAGCUCGAAGGCAAAUUGACCACCAAAAACAGACGCCAUAACGAACACGGAAGCCAUGCGACUUCCCGGUCAAGAUCCCGUCAUGGCAGGUCACCGACUCGGCGACAUGAUACGAGAAACGGUCGCAGCACCUCGCGCGACCACAGACGGGAAAAAUCGCCAGAACGGCGAUACAGCAAAAGGCACAACCGUAACGCUUCCCGAGACCUAAGCCACCAACGCGACUCAGAUGAAGAGCGGCGACACCGAGACACAAAACGCACGAGAAACGACCAUAUAAUAAUGGGCGCUACACCCUUUACAGAAAGAAUCCUAAGAGCAAAACUCCCCAAAGGCUUCGACAAACCUACCAGCUCCUCACCAUAA